GUACGCAAAAUUCGAACAAGCAGAUUACAUGCGCAAAUACCGGUAAAGUACAAUUCGCAUUUUUACAAGCGCCUCAAAGACUGGCAUGGUGCUAUCGCGCCAUCCCAGUCUUUGAGAAUACAAAUAUGGAAAAACAUUCUAAUUUUUUACCUUCUACUAAACAACUUUCAGCACUUGCUAAAAGACAUAUUCCAGAAUAUACUAUUAAAAAUACUAAUAAAUAG